AUGUCAGCCCACCGACCGAAUGCUUUUAACAGCUUGCGGAUGGGAGAGGUGAUCCGCGAGAAAGUUCAGGAUGGUAUCACGGGCGAGACCAGAGACUUGCAGUAUACGCAGUGCAAGAUUGUCGGAAACGGUUCAUUUGGUGUCGUCUUCCAGACCAAGCUCUCGCCGUCUGGUGAAGAUGCCGCCAUCAAGCGAGUUCUCCAGGACAAGCGAUUCAAGGCACGAUUGCCCUUUAACCGCGAGCUUCAAAUCAUGCGCAUUGUCCGACAUCCCAACAUCGUUCAGCUAAAGGCUUUCUACUACUCGAACGGCGAACGUAAGGACGAAGUCUAUCUCAAUCUGGUUCAAGAGUUUGUUCCCGAGACCGUCUAUCGUGCCUCCCGCUUCUUCAACAAGAUGAAGACGACCAUGCCUACUCUGGAAGUCAAGCUUUACAUCUAUCAGCUCUUCCGAGCCCUGGCAUACAUCCAUUCCCAGGGCAUCUGCCACAGAGACAUCAAGCCCCAAAACCUUCUGCUUGAUCCCAACAGCGGCGUCCUGAAGCUGUGCGACUUCGGCAGUGCCAAGAUCCUUGUCGAGAACGAGCCUAACGUCUCGUAUAUCUGCUCCCGAUACUACCGUGCCCCCGAGCUCAUCUUUGGUGCUACCAACUAUACCACCAAGAUUGAUGUUUGGUCCACGGGAUGCGUCAUGGCCGAGUUGAUGCUCGGCCAGCCCUUGUUCCCCGGCGAGUCGGGCAUCGACCAGCUGGUUGAGAUCAUCAAGGUGCUCGGCACUCCCACCAGAGAGCAGAUCCGCACCAUGAACCCAAACUAUAUGGAGCACAAGUUCCCGCAGAUCAAGCCUCACCCGUUCAAUAAGGUAUUCCGGAAGGCUGAUGCCAAUGCCAUCGAUCUCAUUUCCCGACUCCUCGAGUAUACGCCGACCGAGCGCCAGGCGGCCGUGGAUGCCAUGGUGCAUCCCUUCUUCGACGAGCUUCGGGACCCGGCCACCAAGCUGCCCGAUUCGCGCCAUGGAACCGGUCAGCUGCGAGAUCUGCCCGAUCUUUUCGACUUUACCCUUCACGAACUCUCCAUCGCUCCUCACCUGAACCACCAGCUCGUACCACCGCACAUGAGGCCUGUUCUUGCGGCUCGGGGACUUGAUAUUGACAACCUUACGCCGAUGGCGAAGCAAGACAUGCUGGCGAAACUCGACUGAGCCACCUGUCGGCCGAAUAGAGCUGGCAGGCUUCUGCUGGACUCUUGGAAGCACUUGUUGUCUCUUGAAAUACAGCCCUGUUCUCUUCCUCCGCAGUGUGGAGCUUGGGUUGGUGCCGAGGGUAAUGGCUCGCUACAAGACUUGGGCCGCGACUGGGGAAGAGCGGAUGAGAUGUUGUUCUCAAAAGCUUGCCGUGCGAGAGCCCGCAUGCUCAGCACUUUGGGAGGUGGGCAAUAUGGGUAUGUGACGAGAUGUUGUGGAGAGGAGAGCUUCGGACAUUGUCUCAAAUUUGGCAAAGGAAGGACAGGAGGCGUUUUUUUUUGAUCCCCUAAACACCCUUGGUUUGCCAGGCGGGGGACCUGGGCCACCCGCCAACUCGAGGGAGGCUGCAUUGAUGCGCAUCGCGGGAGAUCGCUUCUUUAGACCACGUUUCGAUGCAUGACGGGGCUGGCUGUUGAUUCUUUUUAUUAUUCUUUGUUUCCUGUUGUCGUGUCAUGAGGCUCCAUGCUUAUGGAGCGGAGGUGGCUAUUAGGUCUAUGGUCUCGGUUGUCGACCUUGUGUCUCAACAUGAGUGUCUCCUUUGUCGCCUUCCACGCAUCGGCGCACAGUGGGAGAAGGGAAUCUGGGAGGGGGGAGGAAACGUUGAAAUUGCUGGACCAGAUUUGAUAUCUUGGAUCGUGGGAUAUAGAGCCCCUGCAGCAAAAGCCCGGACGUCGCAGACA